CGAGUGGGUAUAGAACUGUUAUACACCGGGAAUCCAGUAGUUGUAAAAUGCAAUGGCGCUAUGAUUCCUAACGACUCGCCUCUAGAAAAACCACUUUUCUACUUCCUUCUUCUUCUUUCCCUCUGUAGAUUUCGAACAAUCAACAUAUAAUCAGCGGCAUUUUGAUGGCGUCUACGCCCGGUGAACUGCCGUCACAUGACCUUAACAACUUCGGCCAACUCCAACCCUCCGGUCCUUCAACUCCUUCUCCUUUGAAUGGAGCAGCCUGCAACCAAUUUAAGUUGCCUCUUCCUUUGAAUAUACUUAGAUUCAUUGGACCAGAAUGAAAAGUCACGUUGCAAUGAAAUAUCCUUAAACUGGAGUGAUACGAAUCUCUUCUUUACUGCAAAUAGUUAUGCUGUCUUCUUGGUUUCUCUGAUUUCUUGAGUGGUUUACAGUUUGCUUCCAAGGCUUUCAACUUAAAAGUCCUGACCAAAUACUUGAUAUAAAGUUUGAAUAUGUUAAUACAAUACUCCAUUGAGACACUUGAGUAUUUUGCCUUUGUCUUUCUGCCUUAAAUGGAAACAUAUAGAUAAUGCAGAAGGGUUGACAACUCUAAGAAACAUUAGUGAGAACUGAGAAGCUGUUAUUGAAGAGAUUCUAAGAGCAUCUCAACUAAAGCUACCAGACGUUGUAUCCCUUUAGAAUAUAAGACGGGUAGCAAAUAGUUUCUACAUUGAAGCCAGAUCAAAUCAAAUUCUCCUUGUAAUUGUGUGUACAAACUUGUGCUUGCUUUGGAUUUAUCGCCCAUCUUUGAAUUGAUCUCAAACGCUCCAGGGGUCACCAUCCCUUGUUAAUUUUCCAUGGAUUGAGUGAACAUGUGAAUGGAAGAGCUGUCUGGAUCAACAAAAUUUUUUUCAUUAAAAGCUUAAACUGCACUAUAGUGCAACGUAGUUUUACUAGUGUAGUUGCUAGCUGCAAGAGAAGAUGAUACCUGCAAUGUGCAACCUAUCAUCCAACCCACAGUAGGACCCUUCCCCCACCAUAUCAGGAGGCCACAAAAGGAAAGCAAAAGCUUCAAAAUUCAAGUAGAAUGGAGCCGACGGGUUUAUUCAAAUCCUCCAUGAGAUUUUUCUCCGAUCAAGAACUUUGCUAUGCCGAUAUCCUCACUCCUCAAGAGGUCGUGGCCAGAAUUCAAAUAGCUGUCCUCAAUUUCCUCAGAAUUCUCACCUCCUCCACUCCAGCCAUCUCAAAUCUUCCUUUGAUAGAUCGAAGAUCGAGCAAUAGCCGAGUGAAUCAAGGAAUUUUGACGGAUGAUUUAUGGAUUUUCCUUUCACAUUCCUUUUGUACGAGGUCAUUGAUGAGAUCCAAUGCUGCUAAGGCCUUUGUUAGAGUGUGGAAGCUGAUGGAGAUGUGCUCUCAGAUUCUGAUUCAGGACAAGCGAGUGACGCAGAGGGAGCUCUUCUACAAGCUGCUCUGUGAUUCACCUGCUUAUUUUCCGACUCAGUUGCAUGUCAAUAGGACAAUUCAAGAUGUUGUAGCCUUACUUCAAUGUAGCCGUUGCAGCCUUGGAAUUAUGGCAUCUAGCAGGGGACUUGUUGCUGGCCGUCUACUGUUGCAGGAGCCAGAGCAAGAAGUUGUGGACUGCACUGCCUGUGGGUCUUCUGGAUAUGCCAUUUCAGGUGACUUGGAUUUGCUGCAGAAGUUGACUCUGAAGACUGACGCUCGGUACAUAAUUGUAAUUGAAAAGCAUGCGAUAUUCCAACGGCUGGCAGAGGAUCGCAUUUUCAAUCACAUUCCCAGUAUUCUUAUCACAGCCAAAGGAUAUCCAGACUUAGCCACAAGGUUUUUUCUUCACAGAAUUAGCAAAACGUUUCCUCAUCUGCCAAUAUUCGGCCUUGUCGAUUGGAACCCUGCGGGAUUGGCUAUAUUAUGCACCUUCAAAUACGGAAGUAUAGGGAUGGGCUUGGAGGCAUACAGAUAUGCUUGCAAUGUUAAAUGGUUGGGAGUACGAGGAGACGAUUUACAACUGAUACCACAAGAAUCUUUGGUUCCACUCAAGCCACGGGACCUACAAAUUGCCAAAAGCUUGAUGUCCUCAAAAAUAUUACAGGAGAAGUAUCGACAAGAACUAACCUUAAUGGUUGAGAUAGGGCAAAAGGCCGAACUUGAAGCUUUGUACCACAAUGGAUUUGAUUAUUUGGAGAAGUACAUAGUCAAAAAGAUUAUUCAAUUUAGUUACAUCUGACAUUCAACCUAGAGAAGUAGGGACAACUGCCUAGAGUGAAUAAAGGGCUGUUUGCUAAAAAACCAUACUUUCUGUUUCAAGCAAGCAGAUGCAUCUUUCUUAGAAGAAUAGUUGGCAUUGGCACAAACUGAAGAGGCACGUUCAUCAAUCAAAGGUUUCAGCUGCUUCAGCUUUAAAGAUUCCCCAGGUACCUAUGCAAUAACAAGAUCACUAGUGCCUUUAGAGAAACAUAUAAACAAGACCCAACAAUUGGUAACAUUCUUGGCCAAGAAUCAUUUGAACUUCACGUUCUGCUACCCGUCGGAUUUUACUGUUACUGUGCUGGAGUCGUCAUACUGUGGUGCUUCAUUGUCACUUUCAUCAAAGUCAAUCUUUUUUCCCUUGAAAGUAGCAGCCAACUAUUUUGUUUGGUCUAGUCUUAAUAUCCAGUCCUUGCUUUCCAGUUGUGGAUUUAUCCUGUAAAGUUCCAAAGUAAAAAAAUUAUUUGGUACCAUCUCUGAAAGAAAUGCAUGAUCCAUGAACAGAAAGACUUGUUUCUCCAUUGAACUUCAAUAUUAUUCACUGAAUUCUUAUAUUC